AUGCUCGACCCAAGCGUGCGCUCCAUCGGUGCCGACUGCAUCAUCGAGCUUCCGACCGAGAACGACGCCGCGCCGAGCGCGAUCCAAGAAGGGCCGACCUGGGGCAUCGACCGAAUCGACAGCCGCGUUGGCCUUGACAACCAGUACGACGAUUCGGGCAUCACGGGCUCCGGAGCGAUUGUUUACGUGCUCGACACGGGGGUCCGCAUCACGCAUAGUGAAUUUGGCGGCCGGGCCGAGCCUGGCGCGGGGUGGGUGCGGGACGGUGUCGUCACGGACGCAAACACCUGUCACUGGCACGGAACGCACUGCGCUUCGACCGUGGGCGGCAUCGAGCUUGGCGUGGCCAAACAGGUGACCAUCGUGACCGUACAGGUUCUCUCGUGCGCCGGCGCGGGCUCCACCUCUGGCGCUGACCCGCGUGGCAUCGAGUGGGUGGUCGCGGACGUGCAGCGGCGCGAGGCGGAGCUAGACGCACACGUACCUGCCAUCAUCUCCAUGUCGCUCGGCGGCGGCGGAGGCGGACGUUUCGACGAGGUCAUCAACUGGGCAUACGCGCAAGGAGUCGUGUCUGUCGUCGCCGCUGGCAACAAUAACGCCGACGCAUGCAACUAUUCGCCCGCCUCCACACCGCUCGCCAUCACAGUCGGCUCCACCACCCGGACCGACGAGCGCAGCUCCUUCUCAAACCACGGCUCGUGCGUCGACCUCUUCGCGCCAGGUUCGUCGGUUGACGGCGCCUGCACCACGAGCGACUCGUGCACGCGCGCCGCCUCUGGAACCUCGAUGGCAUGCCCGCACGUCGCGGGCGUGGCGAGUCAAGUUUGGGCGGCACACCCGUACUUCACACCCGCUGAGCUGGCGGCCGCCAUCGACUGCCUCGCCACGGCGGACGUGAUUGACGACAUGCCCGCUGACACUGCCAACCGGCUCCUCUACAAUGGG